ACCGGUGAGGCUGCGGGUUGCGGGCAGGUCGGUACUCCACCUUGAAGGAGGCGCAUGACGAACUUGCAACUCGCGGGGACUCCCUCGGCUGAGUAGAAGGAGGAAAGAAACGCCAAGUGUCUCUCGCCUACUAGAGCGGAGCCUGUGACCUUGCGCAGUGGAGGAGAGUGGCUGUUCCGAGAGCGUGGAGGCGGCGGAAAGAAGCCGCUCGGCGAAGAGGAUCUGCUUUGCUGAAGGUUCGUCCAGAAGACAAUCACAGCAAUGAGCCAGAAGAUUUAAUCCUCUACCCUUUUGUGAUGGAGCUGAAGGUCUGGGUGGAUGGAGUCCAGCGGGUUGUAUGUGGCGUUUCAGAUCAGACGACAUGCCAGGAAGUUGUCAUAGCACUGGCACGGGCCAUUGGUCAAACCGGUCGCUAUGUUCUCAUCCAAAGACUACGUGAGAAGGAGAGACAGCUUCUCCCACAUGAAUGUCCUGUAGAGUCUCUAUCCAAGUGUGGCCAGUAUGCCCAGGAUGUGCAAUUUAUAUUGCAGCGUACUGGUCCCAGCCUCAUAGAGAGGCCUUCUUCAGACAGUGCCCCUCAGAUACCUGAGAGGACAUUUGUCAGGGCUAGCUUGCCUAUUAAACCUAGACCACUCAGCACAGAAGUACCUAGAGCCAGGCAACCCAAAAAAUCUUUAACAUUCAACUUGGGUCCUAUGAGUUCAAAUGAUGCAUGUGCCAAGAACAAGGUGAGGCAGCACAAAAAGGACCCAAUGUGUGUGAGAGACGGAGCCAGUGGGGGGUUACUUUCCAAAGAGGAGCUAUUCAAGACUGUCCUACACCAACAGGAGCAUCUCUGCACCUUGGAGAUGCAGGGUGAUGCCUUGGAAAUGGACAUCAGGCAUUGGGAAUGCAGCCAAGGUUCUUACAGGGAGGAUGAAAUCCUGCAGCUGGAGCAGCUGAUCCGGCAAAAUGAGAGCCAGCUAAGUGAAGAAGAAUUUUGGCAGAGUGAACUACAAUCAGAAAAAGAACAUGAAAGGGAGCGGCGGGAGAAAGUACACAGCCUGAGGGUCACAAUGGAGGAGUACACAAAAAAAAUCCAUGAGCUUAUGGUGAAAACAGAGACCUUGGAAAGAGAAAUCCAGUGGGAAAUUGCUGAGAGAGCCAAGAGGGCCAAGGAAACUCCUACCCCGAGUCCUACUGAGCUGGAGGGGAUGGCAGCUAAAAUGAAGAGAGACUUGGAAGCCAAGACCAAGCAAAGUGCCCAACUUGAGAGCAGCCUGGAAACAGUGGGGAAGGCCUUGGAGGAAGCAGAGUACAGCCUGCAGGCCCAGAACCAAGAGCUGGAGGAACUGAAUAAGGAACUGAGGCAAUGUAAUUUACAACAGUUCAUCCAGCAGACAGGAGCCAUGGUGACUACUCCACAGGCCAGAUCAGAGGCGGAAUCCCAGCUGGAUCAAAUUACCCAUGAGUUGCCAACUCACCAGAGAAAUGGAGAUUUGUCUGAACUCAGCAGAGACUCACCUCCCAGAGCCACAGCCAAGCAGUUCCUCGGCAAUCCACGGAACCUGCAGAAUCCCCUGGUGUCCAGCUUGAACCCCGAGGUCGUGUCAGCAAAGCAGAGCAUCUGGAGGUAAAAAGGCCAGCCAAGGAGGACUGAUUGUUUUGCGAAUAUAACUAUAUACAGAUAAAACUCUUAUUUCAUAUAUAUAUAUUUGCCUUCUUAUCUUGAAUAGAUGGAUAUAGAUGGUUGUGCAAAAUAUUUUUACAGGCUUUUUUAAGUAAAAAGAAAACUUUGGAGGAAACAGACUGCUUGUAUUUUUUCAGAAAACUGUGCUUGUUCUAACUUCAAAUGAAAAAAACUGGAACAGCUUUGCUGAAAUGUAUAUAAGACACCUUACUGUGAGAGUGUUUAGGACUGAAUAGCAACUGCCCUGGAGGGUUUUAAACUGUGCUAGAACUAACUCUUCAGAGCAGAGAACGGCAAAUCUCUAGGUCCAUUCAGACUGCAAGCUACUGCCCAACAAUGAAGGUGUGCAUUACCAGCCAGAGCUCUUUACUAAUCUGCAUCAAUGCACUGGAGCGUUUCCUCAAAUAUUUUUUGUUGGAUGAUGGUUUUACUUCGUGAAAUGCAAGUUGUUGGAUGAGAGAGAAACUAUCCCAUUCCUGCUAAGAAUAUAAAAACAAGAAAUACUGCUCUGGGACAGAAGUGUUUGUGACAAUCCACAGAUGUCAUUCAUAGUGUGGUUGAUCCCGAGUCAGUCUUUUAUGAAAAAUCCUUCAGAUCUGGUAACAGAUAGGAUCAAGGUGCUAGUUGUGUCUUGCCAUUUGUUCUCAUGCCAAGUAUUUUGUCAUCCAGUUUUGUAUGAUCUAGUUUUGCAUAAAGAGAAGUAAAUUGUUUCAUCAUAAAGAUGUAUAUUCUCUGUUCACACAAUAAUUCUGAAAUCUAGACUAUGCUAAAACCCAAGGUGUAAAAAUAAAAUUUUCCAAGUGACUGAAUUCUUGAUAUUUUCAUACAGCAGAAAAUAAAUUUGUGGCAGUGGAAGCUAGCAACAAAAAGAACCAUCUUCUACUUUACAGCAACUGAUUCUUGGAUUUGCCUGUGUAUCUUUCUCCUUUUCAAAGCAGCUUCUGGUGGGUUAUAUGUUCUGAGUUGCACAAGAGAACAGCCCAAUGAAGAGGUGGUACAACAGAACAGCAGUACAACUGACCUACAUUAUGGUCUCCACAAGGGAUAAGCAACCUGGAACUUUUCAGAUGUUUUGGACUUUGUCUCAUCAACUGCCACCAUGACAAAUAAUAGGGAAUUGAUGGGAGUUGCAGUCCAUCCUGAAAUUUGUAGCUUGUCUAUCCCUGAUCUGUCUUCUGGCAAAAGCCUGAAUAGCAUUUGAAAGGUGUUUCUUAAGAUAUUAAGAUACUUGCUUUGAUUUAAAGAUAGAGGAAUAGAAGUGACAAUAUUGGUUCUCUGACUAGUUCCACCUCAUUUGUCCUCAUAGUGGGCUUAAUUCACUACUGGGGGAACCUGAUUUGAAGAUUUCAGGGACACAGAAGUCUGAAAGCAGCAACAGAAACAAGGAAAAUAUAUUCUUCCCUUCUCAUUCGCAGCAGCAACUUUUGUGUAGCUUUAUUAUACAAUCCCAUUUAUGCUGUUGUUGAACAUAGUGUAAGAAAAGGAAAGAGGCCACAUGCAUGCAUGCACAAAUCUGUGAGAUGGCCACUUCCCAAAAUUAGUAAUGUUGUCUUCUAAUUAUUACUUUCUGGCUGCUUUCAGUCAAUAAUUUCUUCCAGUGUUGGUUGUUACAUGACCAUUCUCAGAAUAGACUGAGAAGCUGUAUGACUGUUGAUGUGGAUAUGUUGAAAUUUGAUUAAUCUUUUGGACAGCUAAACUGAUUUCUAAUAGAACCCUAAAUGAGCCAGAUUAUUCUCCUGGUAUGCCACCCAGUGCCAGUAACUGAACUAUUCUUUGGACAGUUACAUGGGGAAAAAAAACCUUGGUAAAGAUUGGGCAUACUAGAAACAAUCCCAGAGGGCAAUGUUUUUAGAAAACACAGCUUCCUAGAAGUGCUCCUCCCUAGGUAGGCUAACAAUCUGGACUUCAGUUUUGGAUAGAGAAUGAAAUCAUUCUUGUUUCUGAGCACAUACUUGUAUACCAUUUUUGUACAAUUCAGAACUAAGCAUAAAAAAAUAUAUACUUUCUAUAAACUGCUGACUGUAACUUUCAGUAAAACGAGCCAAACUUCUUUUCAAGUUAAAAUAUUUUCAACAAGUUUUUUUUAAACUUUGGACUUUUCUUUCUUUUUCCUUUGAGUGCUUACAUUUUUAAAGGCAAGUGGUGUUUCAGUUACCAAUUUGAAAUGAAGCCUGGUAUAUGUUCCUAACAAAAGAAGGAUUACAGUGGAAAAAAUAACAUUAUUGCACUUAGCGAUUAAUAUUUUACUAUCAUCUUAACUCGCAAACUCAAUUUGUUCCUAAAUACUAAACAGCAUGCUCCAUCAUUCUCAUGACAGCAGCACAGGGAAGUUGCAUUAAUGGGACCAAAUAAAAACCCUGUCAUUUUAGCAAGCCGCGUUCUGUACAACCUAAUCUUAUCCCAUCAACAGUAGACAAAGGUAAACUCUAACUCCAUUCUUUAAAAUGGGCAGCACAAGUUGCUUUUUAACAGCUGCAGUUAUUGAACUAUGAAAGUAAUUCCAGGUAGCAUUUCUUGCUGAUCUCUUUAUUUGGCCAGUACAGUUGGGGGUUUUGUAUGUAUUUGUUGCCCAAGGCUGAUGUAUGACCAGGAAAAGCAAAUGUAUGCAUGAAAGCCUGAGUGAAUGUUUGGGGGACCACAGAUAGCCUUGGAACCCCUGAACUUGUUUUUUAAUGUUUGAUAUACAUCAUGUAUAUGAAAUAUGAUUACCUGCUUUCUGAUUAGGAAAAAAAGUGCGGGGGGGGGGAGUUUCCAUGUAAGAAUGUAUAUAUCCCAUGAACUAAUGACAUUUUCCGGAUUGAGAUUGUAAUAAAAUAUUGGAAAGUUUUCAUAAA